CAAAGUUGCCGUUGACGGGACUCCAUGGGAGCUAAGGCAGUGGUGACCUAAUCCGAUUCCGCCCACCGAGCGGGACAAGCAGAUGGAAACAUUGGAUGAAAUUGGAAAUGUGGGGAGCUUGAUUGGUUCUCAACCUUCCCAUCGUUCGCUCCUGCCAUCAUUGAUCCAGCUGUCCGCAUGCGGUACCCCUGACCCCGACCCGGCCGCAGUCUGCAGUCGGCUGCAGUCCGCUGAGUCUUGAUGCUACCUGCCAAACUCAAGGUACUACAAAACGAGGUCUUGGCCCUCGACGUCUUCUAGCUUCGCUGGAAGCUCGCGUCUUUGAAGCUCUCGUUGCUGCGAUCCGGACGCCAUUUAUCACAAUAAGGCUGUGAUCUCAUCUUCUGCAAACAUGAAGAACAGCUUCAUCCUUACUGCGGCUCUCGCCGUGGCCGGAGUCUCUGCUGCAGACCCCGAGCCGACUUAUACGACUUCGCGACCCCCAUUCAGCACCAUCAAGCCUUCUCUUUCAUCCAUUGAGGCCGCUCAGGCGACGGUCAAGCCCCUUUCGCCCACAUCAAACGUAAAAGGUGUCGCCUUUGACAGAAUCAUCCAGAUUUGGCUCGAGAACACAAACUUUGAUAUCUCUACGGCCGAUCCUUCGAUGCAAUGGAUUGCCAGCCAAGGCAUUCUCCUGACAAAUUAUUUUGCAGUCACUCAUCCCUCCCAGCCCAACUAUGCUGCCGCCGUCGCUGGUGACUAUCUCGGCAUGGAUAACGACGACUUCAUCAGGUUUCCUACCAAUAUCUCCACCGUGGUCGACCUGUUGGAUACCAAGGGCAUCUCCUGGAGCGAGUACCAGGAGCACAUGCCAUAUCCCGGCUUCCAAGGGUUCAACUUCAGCAACCAGCAGAACUUUGCCAACGACUACGUGCGCAAGCACAACCCUCUGAUCCUCUUUGACAGCGUUGCCCUGAACGACACGCGGGCGCGCCAGAUCAAGAGUUUUACAAGCUUCUACGACGACCUCAAGGCCCAGACUCUGCCCCAGUGGAGCUUCAUCACCCCGAACAUGACCAACGACGCCCACGACACCAACAUCACCUUUGCCGGCGCAUGGGCCAAAUCGUUCCUGGAACCGCUGCUCAAGGACGACUACUUCAUGAACAACACGCUUGUCAUCGUAUCCUUUGAUGAGAACGAGGACUACCCGACCGCCAACCGCGUGUUCACCGUGCUGCUCGGCGGCGCUGUCGACCCCGCGCUACACGGCACGACGGACUCGAUGUAUUACAACCACUACUCGACCAUCUCGACCGUCUCGCAGAACUGGGACCUCCCCUCCCUGGGCCGCUGGGACUGCGAGGCCAACGUGCUGGCGCUCGUCGCCAACAAGACGGGGUUCAGAAACACAAACAUCUCGCUCGACGGCUUGUACUUUAAUGCCUCGUACCCGGGCGUCCUCAGCGACAAGAAGUUCACCCCCGGCUGGUGGCCCGCCCCGAACACGCUCGCCAAGUGCACCACGGGCCGAGGUGUGCUUCCUGCUAUUGCUGAUGCCUGGGGCAAGUCGGAGGGCUCGUACAACUACACUAAUGUCUACCCGUACGACGAGGUCUCGGGUGCUGCGGUUGGUGGCACACCAGUUGUUGGCAGCGGGGAGGCGAACGGCUCGGGAUCGGGAUCGGGAUCAGGCGGGAGCUCGACGACUAGCUCGGCGCCCAGCGCCACCUCUAUGGCUGCUGCGGUGCCGGUGCGGCCUGAGAUGAUGGGGGCGUUGGGUCUUGCUGGGUUGGUCGCUGCUUUGUUGUGA